AUGUUUAGCGGGCAAGAGACGUUUUGGAAACAAAAAGCUUGGGUACGAUGGUUGAAGGAGGGAGAGUCGAACACUCGGUUUUUCCAUACUGCCUUGCUGGACAAGUACGCCCGUCUCACAAUUCGCUGGAUCAAAGAUUCACAUGGAUAUCUACUCAAGGAGGAAGCAGCAAUCGGUCAAGAGGCAGUUGAAUACUUCAAAGAUUUGCUCUCUGUCCAUCAAGGAUCCAAUGCUGAGGUGGUGAUGGAGGAGCUAUUGGCUAUAAUCCCUCCACGGGUCAUACAACAACAAAACGCAGAACUCACACAGGAGGUGAUGGACUUGCUGCAGGCGGUUAGGGACUUCUUUUGUGACAUCCCCAUCCCAAAAGGUGUUGCCAACACCUCAAUUGUGUUACUCCCAAAAAAUGAGCAACCGUCAACCUUCACGGACUUUAGACCAAUAAGCCUUUGUACCUUCUUCAACAAAAUCUUCACCAAGGUCCUAAGCACUAGAAUGAAACCGCUUAUGCUGGAACUAAUCUCCCCUGAACAAUCUGCUUUCGUGCAAGGGCAGGAAAUAUCUGAUAACAUUCUCCUGACCCUGGAGAUGUUGGGAUCGAUUGACAAAAAAGUACGGGGACACAACAUGGUUCUAAAAGUAGACAUAAUGAAAGCCUUCCAUGUUGCUAUGCAAAUUUGGCUUUAG